AUUGCUAGCUGCUAAAAUAGAUACCUACUAGUAGCUCCCCCACAGAGGAGGCCGGCUCGGCUAGUGCCGUCCCUGGGAUCAGGCCCGGUCGAUCGGGACGGUCCUCCAUUUCAUCUCCAAAGAAAAUCCCCUCCCACUUGAACAUCAACCGUUCCUCCUGCUCAUCCUCCCCCACCAUGCCUUCUCCCAGCUCCUCUCCCCAACCACAAACCGGCUACAUCACCAACCUCACUCCCGACCAGACCAUUAAACUCCGCCAAACGUGGAGCAUCCUUCUCCAUCUUAUCACCCAUCACAAUGACAUCACCAUCACCAGCACCACCGCCACAACAGCGACCGCGCUGACCUCCGCCCUCGAAACCCACCACCUCCCUCCCCUCGAAACCUUCCAACCGAUCCUUGACACUCUUUCCCGCUAUCCGCUUCCCUCCCUCCGAGCCGGCCUCUUCAGCCUCACCAAACACGACUCCCCAGACACUCUCCUCCUCCGCUUCUUGCGCGCCCGCAAGUGGUCGGUCGCGGCCGCGACCGCCAUGCUCCUGCGCGCCAUCCACUUCCGCAUCACCUCCGACGUGGACGCGCAGAUCCUCGCCACCACCGAGCUGGACGCGCUAUAUGAAACCACUCUCCAGCCGCCCACCACGCCCACCAUCCCAGGCGCCAUCGGUGCGAACGCUGUGCAAUCGACCGCGACAGACAGCCAAGCUUUCCUGGAUCAGAUGCGCAUGGGCAAGGCCUACGUGCAUGGGACAGACCGCGAGGGCCGACCGCUGUUGAUCGUACGGGUGCGGCUGCAUCAGCCUGGUCAGCAGAGCGAGGCGGUUAUCACUCGGUAUAUUCUGCACAUGAUCGAGACGGUGCGGCUGGUCCUGGUGGAUCCGGUGGAGACGGCUACGGUCUUGUUCGACAUGACAGGGUUCUCGGUGGCAAAUAUGGAAUAUCCGCCCGUGAGAUUUAUUAUCGAUUGCUUUCAGGAGAAUUAUCCGGAGUAUUUGGGGGCAAUGCUAAUCCAUAACGCCCCGUGGAUCUUUUCUGGAGUCUGGAAAAUCGUCAAAUCAUGGAUGGACCCCGUUAUCGUCUCCAAGGUCCACUUCACCAGGAGCACGGCCGAUCUGGAGCAGUUCAUUUCUCCAAAUAAGAUUCCCAAAGAGAUUGGUGGCCCCGAGACCUGGGACUACGAGUACGUGGAGCCUGUGGCAGGCGAGAACGAGCGCAUGACCGAGACGGCGACGCGCGACCGGUUACUGGCCGAGCGUGAGGAGCUGGUCGGGGCCGUGCUGCAGUCGACGGCAGAGUGGCUAGAGGCGGCGGAUCCGCAGACAUUGGCGGUGCAGCGGACGGAGGCUAUCGAGGCUUUGCGACGGCAGUAUUGGGUUCUGGAUCCGUACGUCAGAGGUCGGACUUGUUUGGACCGCACGGGGGUCAUUCGGGAGGGGGGCAAGAUAGUCUUUGAUCCCGGAAUGGAUCAUCUUUAG